GCACUGCCGGCCACAGCGGAGUCGUAAUCGUCGUUGCUUUGCGCUGAACGAUUUUUUUGUUGCUUUGAAGCUCGAGGAGAUUGAGUGUAGGUAAGCUGUGUCUCUAGCUCCGUGCCUUGUCCGUCAUCGUCGGGUAGCGGAGUUGCUCUCGCCUUGGACAGUUUCAGGGCGUAUCCAUUAGAACGUAGAGUUGGAUAUCUGGAGGCUAGCGACUGAGCUGAACGGCUAACGCGUCCCUGCAGAAAACUCCGAAUGCGCAGGAGGAGCUGAUGUGUUGCUAAACCAGCUAGGUGUUUGGAAAAACAAAACAUCUGCCAGCGUGCGGCGACUCCCAGAGACGUGAAAGAUGAGCGCAAACUGGGGAAAGGAUUUGUGGGAUCAAUACGAUCGUGCGUGCAACCAUUUGGACGGUGGAAUUGAUUUUGUAAAACGUUGCCAAUCCUUCACUAAGGACAGAUUGAAGAUCGAGGCCGAUUACGCAAAGGAGCUCAGAAAACUCGCCAAGUCCUAUCAGAAAAGAAAAGAGGACGAUUUGAAGUACACUGAGGUAGCAGCUUUUUACAAGGUAGUGAAGGAAGUUGACGACACAGCCGGGCAGCACGAGAUUAUCGUUGAAACAAGCAAUGUCAAAGUUCAGGAACAACUGAAGAAGCUUCACCAUGAGCUCCACAAGGAGAAGAAAGGGUACAUGCAUGAAGGAGCCAAGCAGGCAAGCAACUACAGCCAGGCGCUAAGCAACCUUGAAAAGGCUAAGAAGAAGUAUGAAGCUGCUACGCAAGAAGCCGAGCGAGCCCAGCUUGCCUUUGACAAGGCCAGCCAGGACAUGAACCUAACCAGAGCAGCUGUGGAGAAGACCCGGCAGUUCUCAAUGCAGAAGAAUGACCAGGCUGAAGAAGCCAAGGGAAACUACCUAGUCUGCCUGGACCAGACUAAUCAACUACAGCGGGAUCACUUUUUCACGAGAAUGCCUGAAGUCUUCUCUAAUCUUCAACGAAUGGAAGAGGGCCGUAUCGACACGGUCAAACAGCUCUUCCUCACCAUGCUUGAUAUUGAGCUUGGUGUUCAGCCCAUUGUUACCAAGUGCCGUGACAAUAUCAGUGAGGCAGCCAACUCGAUGGACUCAUCGAAGGACUGUAUAACCUUUGCAGAGGAGCAUCGGACGGGCUAUCUGCCUCCAUCUGACAAGGCGUUUGAAGAGUACUCCUCGAUCAAGGGAAAGACUGCCAAGCGGGAAUCAGCAAAACCAGCAGCAACCGGACCUCGUGAAGACUUCGGACAUUUGCCCCCGGCGAAAAGAAAGAAGAAGCUGCAGGCUAAGGUCAAAGAGCUAGAAGAUUUAGUCAAGAAGGAAACAUCAGAACAUACUGCGCUGGAGAAGAUGUAUCAAGUCUACUCAGCUAACCCUAGCCUUGGAGAUCCAACUGUUGUCCAACAGCAGCUGGUUGUUAUUGGCGAGAAAAUCGAGCGACUAAAUGAAGAACUCUACAAAUAUGAAGGUUAUCUAGCUCAGGCUGAGGGCAAGGAAAUGCCGCAGAGACGUUCAUCGCCUGGUAAGCCGGCCAUGGCAGGGAACAACAGUGCGCCACCUCCACAGCAGCAGCCACCGCCGCAGCAACAACAAGCACCACCACCACAGAACCAAGCAGCAGCGGCAGCAGCAGCCAGCCAACCACCAUCCUACCAACAAACAACUCAGCAGAACUCUGGGCCGUCAGCGCCUCCGCCACCUCAAGAUGAGUUUGAUGAUGAAUUCUCUGACAUGCCCACAUCAUUCUGCAACGCUCUGUACGACUUCUCAGGCUCCAACGAGGGUGAGCUGAGUGUGAUGGCUGGCGAUAAACUUGGACUACUCGAGAACGACGGCAGUGGGUGGAUUCGUGUGAAGAAGGGCGAACAAGAGGGCUAUGUUCCCUUAUCCUACGUAGACCUCCAAGGUUAACGAUGUGUGGCCUGUUGGUGCCAGUGAGUUUAGUGCUGAACUGAUGCGAUGGCCAUCGGUCAGUGGUGAUGCUGAAGAUCCACUAGUGGCAUCGCUAGUGACACACCUAGACUAGUUGAUGAAUGUACAUGACAAUGCUAUAGCUCCAGAGGAGCAUCCCCGCGUGGGUUUGGCCUCCUGGAUGCCUGAGCAAAACUGACAUGUACACGUACCCGUAUUUCUACGAUAUCACAAUGCAUACACCCCCCUCCCCCUCCCCCCGCACAUAUGUACAGACGGAUCUACGGAUGCACACAAUUGCAGCUUCCGAAUAAAUGAUUUGCUCGCCUGCCUUGCCCCAGCUUGAAGGACAAAUCCGGUGAUAGUGACAUUGAGGUGUUGUACAAUCAAAGUCAUGUGCAUACACCUGCAAGUGGUUGCGACUGUCGAUGCAUUUGUGCUUCUGUGAGCGAAUGCUAUACCCCCCCCCCCUCCCCUGCUAUUUUGCCGGAAUUCUUGACCAGGCAGCCCUCAUCCGUUUUGAAUGGGGACGUGGAGACAACUGCGUUCGCCCCAUGCUGUGUUUAUCUGCGUCGCUCGUGCUUCGUAUCGGCCGGGACGUUCCCCACCCCGCUCCCAUUUCCGCCCGUAUCGUAUAUCCUCUGCGCUUCAUAGCUUUGCUCUAUACCCCCCCCCCCCCCCCCCCCUGUUGAACUCAGUCACUGCAGGUUACUUUUUGUUUUAAAUAGCCAUUCAUCCGUGCCGUCCCGACUGAUUCGCUUGUUUCAUCAGUUUUAGCACUUAGCCGCGCUGGCGUACGCACCUUGUUAGAUGUGAGCAAGGUUGAGGCCAUUCCGUAUCACCGCGGAAUAGUUGCGUUUCGUCGUCAUACGUUUUCUUCAGUUUCCAAUGCUAGGUUUUUCUCUUUCAUUUUUCAUUCCUUUGCAUGUCAAAACUGCCCAGGUUUGCUUAGCUGUUUUUUGGUAAUGGAGUGAUGUGCACGCCGGGUACCACAAUGCUGCAUGUAAAAUGAGUAUUGCUUUUCUUUGCUGCCUGUCCAUUACCAUUCAGUCUCUUCUCUUGUACAAUACUCUUCUCUUCUUCUUUUUGUCUUUUUUACCAAGUCACGAUCUGCUCCAGUCUGUCGA